CUUACUCAUUCAUUCUAUUUUGUACGAGUGCCCCACGUCCGUCGUCAGCUCCUUGGCCCCCGCGCAAACUACCAGACUCUGUGUUUUUCCCAUUUUGUUGUCAAUCUCGACAACUGAGCGACCACAGCCCCCCCCCCGGGAUCACGAUGAUCAGUGACCAGACCACCAAGCACGCAGAACGUUCGAUUUGCCCUCUCUCUUCAGAUGCAGCUACUGAAUCGAAGACGGCAAUCGCUAUCAAAUAUCUUGAAGAUCACACAGUUCCUUUUCUUUCUCCACUCUCCCCUACCUGGGCCACCAAUGCAGCAUACAAUCAUCGGGUCCCGGACUCGGUCAACUGUGGUCUGGCUGUUGGUCUGAAGGUCAGCGCCCGGGGCGGUGGACACUCGUACACAUCCCUAGGACUUGGGGGAGAAAAUGACCACCUUGUUGUGGACCUCACCCACAUGAACGGCAUCUCUGUCGACCCAAACACCCACAUCGCCACCGUAGGCGCCGGCGCUCGCCUCGGGGAGGUUGCACGGGAGCUCUUCGAGAAUGGCGGGCGGGCUAUUAGCCACGGCAGUUGUCCGGCCGUGGGCUUGUCCGGCCACAUACUACACGGCGCUCUCGACUCGAUCGCUGCGGCUGACAUUGCGCUUGCGGACGGGAGGCACGUCCACUGCUCCCAGGACGAGAAUCAGGAUCUGUUCUGGGCGCUCCGGGGUGCCGGAUCCAACUUCGGCAUCGUCACCUCUUACGAGCUUGUAACCUUUCCGGCACCUGCUGCCUCUGUGCCGUUCAGGGUGUCGCUGACGUGGGACAUGGAGGCCGAGAAGAUUGAUGGGGUCACGGCUUUGGUCGAGUUUGCUCGGGACAUGCCUGCUGAUCUGAACAUGCGAUUGAUCAUGCACGAUUCGGGUGACCACGGCUUAGACGGUGUGUACUACGGAAGUACGACUGAACUGAACAAGAUCCUGAGCCCAUUGCUGGAGAAAGUCGGCGGUGUUCUAAUCACGCAUCCCGGCAACUGGAUCCAAGGCCUCGAGUACUAUGCCGAACGAAACUGUUUGACUCCCAGCACGAACGAGCAUGGAAACUUCUUUGCAACAAGCCUCACACUGAAGGACCUCCGUGGCGAGGUACUGGCCAGUUUUGUGCAUUACUGGCACAACAAGGCCAUCUCUUUCAACGAAGGCGGCUGGUUCGUGCAGCUGGACGUACACGGGGGCACCAACUCUGCAGUUUCAGCUGUCCCGAACUCGGCCACGGCUUACGCGCACCGCGACAAAUUAUUCCUCGUCCAAUUUUACCAUUUCACGGGGAACGACAGUCCCUACCCAUCUGGCGGCAUCAGUCUCAUGAGGAACUGGGUCCAGGGCAUCACCACGAAACUACACACCGACGAUUAUGGAAUGUACAUCAAUUAUAGCGACUCUCAGGUGGACCGUAGUACAGCACAAAGACUGUACUGGGGAAAGAACUUGGAGCGCCUCAGACUUCUCAAAGACUGGUUUGACCCGAGUGAACUAUUCUAUUAUCCUCAAUCGAUCAAGCCCGCCAAGUCAAGGUGA